UAAUAAUAGGUAUACUGCAAGCAGAGACUAUAAAAAUCAGCAUUAUUUUAACUGCUAUAUUUAUCAUUUUGUAAUCAGUGGAUUAGUACAAAAGACAAGACUGAAAUGGCUGCUAUGCUCCCUGAGAUGCUCUCUAAUUCUAAAGACAGCGGAAUGGGAUAUACAACAGAGUUGUCCUCGACUAUUACAGAGUUGUCCACAGAGUUGUCCUCCACUUUUACAGAGUUGUCCUCCACUUUUACAGCGUUGUCCUCCACUCUUGUAGGGAGAUCAAAAGAAGCUGAAAAAUACGAGAGUAAGGAAGACCGUACUGAAGCCAUCAGGAGGAAGAACGAGGCCAUUCAUCGAGUAUUUGCAAUGAUGCGACUUGCAGAAGAGGUGGACGUAUGUUUCCUUGUGGACUGCACUGGAUCUAUGGGCUCAUACAUCACCCGAGUUAAGACAAACAUCAGGACUUGGUGUGAACGUCUCCAAGCAACCUACAAGCAUCUUAAACUAAAAGUGGCCUUCGUCCGCUACACAGAUUUUGAUCAGCCCGAAUCUACACGUACAUCACAGCUUGAUUUCACUGACGAUGUUGAUGAGUUUUACUCAUUUGUGGAUACUAUAGCUGCUCCUGGUGGAGUUGGUGGAGAUACAGCUGAGGAUGUCUUUGGUGGACUGGAGGCUGCCACAAAACUUUCCUGGAGGAAGAUUGGGACCAAAGUGCUCAUUCACUUCGCUGAUGCGCCUUGUCAUGGGAAGCAGUACCACAGUGAAUCAAUCAACGAUGCAUACCCUGACGGAGAUCCGGGCCAUCGAGACCUGGCUGAAUUCAUGGGCAAGCUUCAUCGACGUGAAGUUCACUAUCACUUUGGAUUUGUUAAGGAAACAGCCACAGAAAAGAUGAUCCAGGAAUUUGAUGAAAUGUUGCUUAAAUGUGGAGGAAGGGAGAUGACGAUUCACACUUUUAAUGCUGACAGACCUCCUCUAAUCGAUGAAGCUGUAUUUCGCUUAAUUUCAUCAAGCAUUUCAUCUUCUCUGAAAAAAUUGUCAUCUGUUGACAAGACCACAAGAAAAAUAGAAGAAUUCUUGCUAGUGAAGGGCGUUCCAAAUUGGGACGAGCUUAAACUAUUCUCGGUGAAAGUUAGUAAAAACAAGGGGACAUUAGUAAGCCUGCCAACUACCCCAAAAGCUGUGAAGCGUGCUAUACAUCCUUUUGCUAAAGGAGGAACGCGACUUGCCUAUCGUGCUUACUUUCCUGAAGAGAAUAGGCACAUAGUUAUGAAGAAAUUUCUAAUCAAAUACGACGAUCAACCAUGUAUUAAACGUCACAUAGAAAUUGCAAUUAUACAGGCCACAGCUAAGGCGUAUGCUAAAAAGUUUUGUCAAGAAAAGCCAUCUGAUAUAGGAGUGCCAUUGGGGUUUACUUCGUGUGAUAUUAUGGUAUGGGAAGAGGAUAUGGAUGCCACCCAACGUUACUUCUCGUAUGAGCCUUACAUUGACGGUGAUUACACAAAGUUCAAUACUAACACCGGUACUGUGGCUCCUGGAUCUGAUCCAGUCAACGAAACCUGCCAAGCCUUUAGCCACUACACAUGGGUCGAAUCAAACGAAGCACUUGUGGUUUGUGACAUUCAGGGAGUCAAGAGAGAGCAUAAAGUGAUAUUGACCGAUCCUGCUAUCCAUUGCAAGGAUGUUUUGAUUUACGGUGACACAAACUUUGGUGCAAGAGGAAUUAGAAACUUCUUUAAAUCUCAUCGCUGCAACAAGAUAUGCACCAGAAUGGGAUUGGAGAAGUCACCACAUCAACCAAUUUAAACUUUACAUGGACAAACAUUUUUACUACACUGCACACUGCAAUGACCUCUUAUUAAAGUGUACAUGCAUGCGUGCACACCUGCAAAGUAUUUUGUGUAAUGUAUACGCCUGCCCAUUAUUCCACACACACACACAGUUUCGUUGAGGAUAAUCAUGCAUAUAGUAUACUCUUAUUCAAUUCCUAAGUACUGCUUUUUUGUUUGAAAAACAGCUUUAAAUCCUGCAACCUGAUUGGCAAUACUAUACUUCAUACUAUG